AUGAUGUCCUGGUUUCCCUUCCUCCUCGUUGCUUUGAGCACAUUACUCAGUUUCACGAAUGCCGAAUAUACCGGCACGGAUUGUAACCCCCUCAACAAAACAUGCGACCCCGAUGCUGCCCUCGGUACCGAGCAUACUUGGCUGUUCAACUCGACUCUUAAUAGUGAACUUUGGGACAUGAGAACUGGAACACUGGAUUACACAUCGGAGGGAGCAGACUUCACAAUCAAGACUGAGAAUGCAUCCACCCUCUUGGUAUCCAACUUCUAUAUCUUCUUCGGGGUUAUGGAAGCGCAUGUCAAAAUGGCCAAAGGAGCGGGCAUUAUCAGCAGCGUCAUCUUGCAGUCUGAUGACUUGGAUGAGAUUGACUGGGAGUGGGUGGGAUACAACACUAGCGGUGUUCAAUCCGACUUCUUUGGAAAGGGAAACACAACUACCAGUGACCGAGGUGGAUACCAUGCUGUUUCAAAUGCGGAUACCGAGUACCACAACUACACGUCAUACUGGGAUAAGGAUCGCCUUGAAUGGUGGAUUGAUGGCGACCUAGUCCGCACAGUGAACUACUCGGAGCCUUUGACUGUUUAUGGCAAGAAUUACCCGCAAACUCCAUGCCAAGUUAAGGUUAGCAACUGGCCAGUUGGUGUCAAGGGACAGUCAACCGGUAAUCUUGAAUGGGGUGGUGGCCUAGUCAACUGGACCAAUGUACCAUUCACCAUGUCGGUACAAAAGAUCCGAGUUCAGGACUUCCACAGUGGGAAGGAGUACAAGUAUUCAGGAAACACUGGUACAUACGAGAGCAUUGAAGUGGUUAGCGGAAACUCGACCGCAAAAACGGUGAUCAACAAGAAACCAGCGCAAACAUUGGCCCAGAAAUGGGAUGAUCUGGGAAAUGAGGCACACAUCGGGGUUUAUUGCGGCGCUGCAGUCGCAGGUGCCCUACUUAUCGGUGCCUUUACGUGGUUUUGUGUUCGACAACGGCGAGAUGGAAGACUUCAACGUGCGCUCGACGACGGCCAGCAUGGCGAAGAGCUCACGGCCUUGGCGGAUAGCAAAAUGAGGUGGAGAUCGAGCGAACUUUUCCUCCAGAACCAGAAGUACCAGCCAGUGCCAUGA